AUAGCAAUCACUACGUAUGUAAUACUUACCGUACCUCCUCUUCCAGGUGGUUUUUGAAGGAAGGAAAGUCAGCGAUACGCGUAUGAUGGGACCGUAUAUAGAUGUGUACGAGUAAUUUGAACGAAUCGGUAGGGCCUCUGGAAGGACUGCCUGCCAGCUUUGCUUUGCUUAUUUGGCCCUGUGCUGGAUUAUGUGGGUGGAGUGUGUCUGUCAACUCCGAACUGCCCGGGGUGGAGGUCUCGGACUUGGACUUUGAGGAGCGUCUCCAUCCCGGUAAACUGCGGCGUAUGUAUGUAUGUAUGUAUGUAUGUAUGUAUGUAUGGCUUGGUAAGGUCUCGGGUGGUAUUGUCAGCUCCGGUAUCGUAUAUCGUAUUGUAAGCGUCUGGACCUCGUCAUGGCGAGACGUUGGGUUUCGGGAUGGAGUUUGCGUCUGGCAUUCAGUAUGGUCGAGGUGUUUUCAAGGGGGGACUCAGGGAAUAAUCAGGAGACGCAUGUAGGGAAUUCGUGGGUGUUGCCUUGGUUCGGUUGUGAUAGAAAUUUGAUGAGGAUUGGAGGAGGUGGUGCCCGAUAUAUACUUUCAGAAGUUCUACAUGACUUGCGGGAUGGAGGUACCUCUCUAGGAUCAAUGAAUAGGAGCCUUGGAAGAGCGGGUUAGAUUGAACAAGUUGCUACAAGACGACUUCGAUACCUCCUCUGCUCGAAUUAGGUU